AUGAACUCGACGCCUUCCGAGUCUGCAUCUUCUUUGCCCUCGUCCGCCCCCGCCCCACGUGGUCCCCACAGCCCGAACGGCAUCACGGGCCCACUGGCCCACAAAGCCGCUGUACCCACGGAGCGCAUUGACGUCAUCGACGCGUUCCUCCAGCAGCGCGUAACCCAUCGGCCGCUCGUGGGCAUUGUCUGUGGCUCGGGCCUCGCGGGCCUCAGUCAGUGCCUGUCGCACCAACAGGUCAUUCCCUACAAAGCCAUUCCGCAGUUCCCGUGCUCGACCGUCGAGGGGCACCCGGGGGAACUCGUGUUUGGCGACCUCAAUGGCCUCCACGUCGUGUGCAUGCGCGGCCGUUUCCACAGCUACGAAGGCUAUGCCCUCCACGAGACGGCGCUCCCGAUCCGCGUCAUGUACCUCCUCGGGAUCCAGUACCUGAUCGUGACGAACGCGGCCGGGGGGCUCAAUCCCGACUUCCACGUCGGCGACGUCAUGAUCCUCACGGACCACCUCAACAUGCCGGGGCUCUCGGGGCAGCACCCGUUGAUUGGACCCAAUGACGCGCGCUUUGGCGCGCGGUUCACGCCCCUGUCGGACUGCUACGACAAGCAGCUGCAGGCGCUCGCGCGUCGGGUGGCCGCGGACGUGGGGCUCGCGCACAAGACGCGCUCGGGCGUCUACUGCUUUGUGUCGGGGCCGACGUACGAGACGCCGACCGAGUGCCGGUUCCUCCGCCUCGUGGGCGGCGACGCCGUGGGCAUGAGCACUGUGCCAGAGGUCGUCGUGGCGGCCCACUGCGGACUGAAGGUCUUGGGGCUGUCGCUCAUUACGAACAAGGCGCUGUUUCCAGGGGACGAAGGAGAGGGCGCGUCGCAUGCCGAAGUCCUCGAAGCGGUUCAGGCCACGCAGCACGACAUCGAGACGUACGUGCGGGGCCUGAUUGCCGCCAUUGGUAAACACCACAGUAUGUUGUAG